CUAUAUGGAAAAUUAGAGGUGUUGAUACAAAAUUAAUAUAAAAUUAUUGUUAAGAUUUAAGAAAAAGUGAAUUUUAUAACUACAUCAUAAUAAUUUCUAUUUUUACUUUAUGAGAAAAUAAUAUUUUUUUAUUUUAUUGUAUAUAAAGUACCAUUAAAGUAAAGGAGGGAAAGAGACAACACAAUAUAGCCUUUUUAAACUCACCUAAAAUAAUGAAUUAAAAAAAGUUUAAAAAAUACUCAAUUUUAUAUACUAUUAUAAAGUGCAGUGUGAAUAUAAAUAUCACAAAUAGUUUAUGAAUGUAUAAUAAGUUCUUUUGUUACUAUUUGAGUGUUAAUUGUGUGUCUAAGUACUUAAUAAGGUGCAGUUAUGAGUUCAGAUAUUAAUUGUGACAGGCUGACUAUUAAAAAUAUUUUAUUUACCAAAGCUUUACCUAACUACACAAUUCCUAUAACAACAGAUGGCUACAAAAUCUUCCCUUGUACAGAUUGUGGAGAUAAAUUUCUAUUUGAAUCCAGCUAUAAUGAUCACAUAAAUCGGAAAUCUUUGAAAAUCACAUAUUUUUGUCGAUACUGCAACAAAAUUAUAAUAAACAAGAAUCGAUGCAGAUUGUUAUCUCAUAUCAGAUCCCAUGCUUUUAAGACAGCUACAAUAAAUGUGAGUGACAUUAAAAUUGAACCCCUGCCAAUUCAAGAUAUUAAUUGGACUUUACCAAACCAUUCUCAAGUUGAAGUUCAGACAACGAUUGAAGACAACUGCAACAUAUGUUAUGAAUGCCGAGAAAGUAUAAAUAGAUCAAAUAAUAUUCACGAAGACAGAGUUGCACAUUAUAUGAAAUAUACAAAUAUGGUAUACUCAUGUCCCGUCUGUAUGUUUUCAUUACCUAGUGUAUGUGCAUUAACAGCACAUUUACGCAUUCAUUUAAGAAUUCCUCCUUAUUUCUGCCCAGAAUGUGGUAUUCAUUUGUCUACCAAAAGUAUUUCUUACCCAUAUAAUCAUGAUUGUGAAGGUUUCAAUAUGAUCAGAGCUACUACAAGAAUUAAGUGUACAAACAAACUUUGUAACAAAAUUAUUCACCCUAAUGAUUUCAGGAUGCAUGUUAAAAAUCACAUGAAAAAAGUCUACAAAUGUCUUUUGUGUUCAGUAAUGUGGUUUAAUGCACCACCUAAAAUUCAACAUUUUCCAUGUAAAACCAAUGAUAAGCUUUUAAGUUGUUUUUCAUGUCAAAUAUGUCCAAAUCAACUGUUGGUUAAAAAUGAAGUAAACAAACAUUUGAAUUUUCAUUAUAAACAUUUAACAGAACAAAACCUUAAUCAUGUAUAUCCAUGCAUGACUUGCAAUUAUAUAAGCAAUGAAUUACAUAAUUUAAUCAACCAUUAUAUAAAUAAACAUGCAUCCAACGAAAUGAAAAAAAUGUUAAUAAAGCUAUUUCAUGAUAACAGUACUAAAGCUAACAAGGGUUAUUAUCGCGUAGUUAAAAAAUGUGACAAAUGCUUGAGAAGUUUCAUAUACAGAUGUGAGUAUGAAAGUAUAAAAAUUCUACCAAAUGAGUGCCCUUAUAAAUGUUCCCCAAAUAAGAUUACCUAUAUUCAGAAGGAGACAAAUGAAAAUCUUCAUAUUGUAUGCUAUUUAUGUAAGAAUAAGAUAAGUCAAAAUUGGGAUGAUAUAAAAAAACAUUUUUCAAUUUUUCAUAAAAACCAUAAAUGCUUAGACCUAAAAGUUAUGUUAGAUAAAAUUGAUACAAAUAUUACUCAUACGAAAAAUAAGAGUAAACACAUAAAAUGUAAAAGAAAUAUUAAACAAAGAUUAAAAAAUAAGUUCAGAAAAAUAAAUACUCAUGCCAAUAAAAAAAUACAAAAGCCAUUACAGUCGCCAAUUGAAAAUGGGCCAAUCAAUGAAAAUGAAUGCCACAUAUGCAAUUACAAGUGUGAAGAUAAGCAUAUGCUUGAGACUCAUAUAAUUACUCACAGAGACCCAUGCAUGGCGUAUCAAUGUCUUGAAUGUGGGCAAUGCUUUGUUGUUAAACCUUCUUUUUCAACACACUUACUAUUAGAACAUAACAUAGCAGAUGUUAACGAAUAUAUCAAUAAAAAACAAUGUUAUAAUGAAUCUGCUUUGUUAAAACAACCUAAUAAAACUAAUUCCGAAGAUGAACCAAUUCAAGAAAAUCAAUGCAUAAUUUGUAGAGAUCAGUUUGAAAAUCCUAUUGACUUAGAAAAGCAUUUUCGAGUUCAUGGCAUGGCAUUUCUUAUGAAAAAUACAAAUAAAAAUAAUAGUCCAUAACAUCCAACUUUUUUUAGAUUUUAGAAUCAAAUAUCAAGAUGGGUGUUUCGGCAAUAUUUUUAUACUAAGUAUAAUUAAAAAAUUAAUUAAUAGUUUGUCUAGGAUUUAAGAAAAUUUUAAUGUCAAUAUUUUACUGUGCAUAAAAUCUAUCUCAUAGUAGCUGACUCACUAUAUAUUAUUUAUAUUUAAAUUUUUAAUUCUAACAAAAAUCCAAUACAACUUAAACAUCCUUUCUUUAAAUAUUACUAGUUGUUGGCCGCGGCUUCGCUCACGUUUUAAUGGUAGUUACGGUUAGACAAAAAAUUUGCCUUUGUCCUUACUUGGUUUCUAAGCCUGCUUAACACAAAUUUCGUCAAAUUCGUUUUAGAGCUUUGGCUGUGAAAGAGAUACAUACAGACAGUCUCUUUCGCAUUUAUAAUAUAUAUAUUUUAUAUUAUUACAUAAUAAUAAAUUAUUAUACGAGAUUUAUAGCCAUUACAAUGAUUCAUACCUGUGUUGUUAUUUUGGUCAUAUUAAAAUUAUUAUUUAAAU